UCGGCGCGGCCGGGGCGGCGGGGACCGCGCGGAGGGCGCCGGGCGCAGCAUGGGCGGCCCGCGGGCCUGGGCGCUGCUCUGCCUGGGGCUCCUGCUCCCGGGAGGUGGCGCCGCGUGGAGCGUCGGGGGAGCUCCGUUCUCGGGACGCAGGAACUGGUGCUCGUACGUGGUGACCCGCACCGUCUCGUGCCACGUGCAAAAUGGCACCUACCUCCAGCGAGUGCUGCAGAACUGCCCAUGGCCCAUGAGCUGCCCGGGGAGCAGCUACAGGACCGUGGUGAGACCUACGUACAAGGUGAUGUACAAGACGGUGACCGCCCGCGAGUGGAGGUGCUGCCCUGGACACGCGGGGCCGAGCUGCGAGGAAGUUGCAGGCUCCUCUGGCGUCGUGGAGCCUGGGUGGGCAGGCAACACCAUGCGACGGAUGGCACUCCGGCCCUCGGCCUUCGCAGGUUGUCUCAACUGCAGCCAAGUGUCGGAGUUGACGGAGCGGCUGAAGGUGCUGGAAGCCAAGGUGGCUGUGCUGACUGUCUCAGAGCAGGCAGUGCCCCCGACCCCAGCCAUCCCUGAAGACCCUGCCCCACUCUGGGGCUCCCCAGCUGCUCAGGGGAGCCCCGGGCAAGGAGGCCGCCCAGGGCUCCCGGGAGCCAGCGAGAACACGAGGGCCCCAUUGCUCCCUCGAGAUGACCGAGUUGGUGCUCGGGGGCUGCCUGGCCCCACCGGUCCCAAGGGAGACACCGGUAGCCGGGGUCCAACAGGGAUGAGAGGCCCACCAGGUCCACAGGGCCCCCCAGGGAGCCCUGGCCAGACUGGAGCAGCAGGUACCCCUGGAGAGAGGGGGCCUCCAGGCCCACCAGGACCUCCUGGCCCUCCUGGGCCCCCAGCCCCUAUUGGGCCCCCACAUGCCCGGAUCUCCGAGCACGGGGACCCAUUACUAUCCAACACCUUCACCGAGACCAGCAGCCGCUGGCCCCAGGGACCCACUGGGCCCCCGGGUCCCCCAGGACCCAUGGGUCCCCCUGGAGCUCCUGGCCCCACAGGUGUCCCUGGAAGUCCUGGACACAUGGGACCCCCAGGCCCCGCUGGACCCAAAGGAAUCUCUGGCCGCCCAGGCGAAAAGGGCGAGAGAGGACUUCGUGGGGAGCCUGGCCCCCAGGGCUCCGAGGGGCAGCGGGGUGAACCUGGCCCCAAGGGAGACCCCGGCGAGAAAAGCCACUGGAACCAGAGCUGGGCUCCGGCGCAGGCCCUGCCGGGGCGGGCGCCCCCAGCCUCCUUCGGGGCAAGAGGGGAGGACACGCAGCCAGCUACCGGAUCGUGGCCCCUAGAAGCCGGAACGAGAGAGGCUGAGGGCAGCGGAGGCCCCUCGGGGUGGACCAGGCCAGCUUCCCUUCCGAGCCUGGCCUUGGCCAGCUGCCCCCAGGGACCGCUGUCCCUAUUUAUGAAUGUCCUCAGGGACCCUUCUGCCGUCAGCGCCUUAGGGGGGUGGGCAGGUGUCAGUUCUGGCACCCCCGUCCCAGUCUGAGACCAGGGGAGAGUAGGGCCUGGGAGGGAGGUGGCAGCCCAGGCCAGGGGUGAGGCAGUGCUCAGGGCCCUGGGCCUCAGUUUCCCUCUGGGACGGCGCGGUGCUGGUCUUCGGUGGGGGGAGGGUGGAGGUACGAGGCUCCUGUGCGUCCGCUGUCUGGGGACCCAGGCCUGAGGCCCCGAGGCAGUGGGAAGCCGGAGCUCUGCCUUGCCCGCUCCUCCCCAGAUCUCGGGGUGCCGCUCUGCACCCCUGCCCUCCUUGGCUGGUGCUGGCUUGCCCUGAGGUCAGGCUGCCUCAUCUCUGGACAGUCCGGGGCUCCCUGCCCCAGGUCUGCCCCUGAGCCCCUCGGCCCCGCCCCUGCCAGUGCCCGGGGCAGAGGGUGGGGAUGUGCAGAGAAAGGGGCCACCUGCUGGAUGUGUGCUGGCCAAUAAAGGCCUCCAACC